AAUUAACAAAUUGUCACAUCAAUUUAAGAUACAUUUUGAAAAAGCAAAAAUAUAAAAUAAAAUGAACAAAUUGAUUUACAUUUCCUUCUUCCUAUUAUUUGGAAUUGUAUUUUCGGGCCCUACAACUGGAAAGUAUGCUUCUUUGGAGGAUGAAAUUAAAGAGGUCAUGGAGUUGCUUCCCAAGGAAAAUAUUUCCGAAGUUGUUGUAAGCCACCUGAAGACAGAUCCUGGUUUUCAAGCUGCCAUCAAAUACUUUAAAUCCGACGAAUGGAAGAAAAUGGAGGACGCUGUUAAAGACAAUGCCGACUGGGUUAAGUUAAAGGCCUUUAUUAAAACUAUUGGAAUCGAUAUCGAUGAUAUUUUAAAAUGUAUUAACAAAAACUUAGAUAAAGCUGAAGUUCCUAACGUCGCCAAGGACGUCAAGAAAGAUUUAAGAAGUUUUUUGAUCGAUUUAGAGAAAAACGUGCCCACACUUAAGAUAUUUGGUGCCCUUAACCAAAAAAUGAUUGGAAACCCGAAAUUUAGGGAGGCUCUUGAAAAACUAUCCAGCCCUGAAAUAAAAACUUUAUUUGAUAAAGCUCGUGAUAUUAAGGAAGUAAAAGAGAUGGUUAAGAUUUUGGAGGAAAUGGGUGUUAAGAUUAAUAGUGUUAUAGAUGUUCUUUAUUCAUUGCUGGGUUGGAAUGCUCCACAAGUUGCAAAUUAAGAAAAUUUAUUGAUGAUUUUUCAAGUUUUUAUAAUGUUUUUAUGAAAUGCUACUUUGUAAAAUGUUUACUAGUUUUUUUAUUAUCAAUUUUUAUUUAGUUUAUUAUUUUUUUAGGCAUGUUUUGUAAGGUGUAUGUAUAUUUUUUAAUACAUUUUUGUUUAAAAAU